UUACAGGACGCGCUGUCAUUCAAGGAUGUGUCUGUGGUUUUCACCUGGGAGGAGUGGCAGCUACUGGACCCCAUUCAGAGGAACCUGUACCAAGAUGUGAUGUGGGAAAAUUAUAGCAACCUAGUGUCAGUGGUAGGGUAUCAAGUUACCAAAGCAGACGCUUUCUACCCCGCUUUCUACCCCACGGAGCAGGAAGCAUCAAGGACAACAGAGGGGGAAGCCCACAGCCAGAUUCAUCCAGCACAAAGACCUCAUGCACUUGGCUCGCUUGGGAAACAUCCAGAACCUCACUUAGAAUACAUUAUUCAGAAUCAAAGGGAUGUCAGAGAUGAAGCUGAAUUUAAUGGACAAGACACAUUAUUUGUUUAUACGAAGGAUGAGGACAUACAUACUGGAGAAAGCCACAGUGAGUAUAAUGAAUGGGUAAAGGCUUUCAACCGGAAGUCACAUAUUAUUAAACACUGGAAAACUCCAACAGGAGAGAAACACUGUGACCACGGCAACUGCAGGGAGGCCUUUCCACAGAAGCCAGACCUCACAAAGAGUCAGAGAACACACACAGGCAAGAGACCCUAUGGGUGCGGCAGAUGUCAGGAAGGCUUCGGCAGAAAGUCCCACCAGAGAACCCAUACAGGAGAGAAACUGGACGAGCGUGACAGAGGUGCGGAGGCUUUUCCAGACAAGCCAUGCCUUAAUAAACACCAGGGAAGACACACAGGACAGAAAGGGCUUGAGUCCUCUGUGUGUGAGGGGGGAUUCAGCAAUGAGCCACAACUCACUUCACAUCAAAGAACUCACACAGGAGAGAAACGCUACGAAUGUGGCGAAUGUCACAAAAGCUUCGGCAGUAAGUCACGGCUCAUCAUGCACCAGCGAUCUCACACAGGCGAGAGGCCCUACGGCUGCGAUGAGUGUGGGAAAACAUUUCCCCUUAAAUUUAGCCUCAUUUUACAUCAAAAAACUCACACAGGAGAAAAGCCUUACCGGUGCAGUGAAUGUGGGAAAGCCUUCAUCCAAAGAUCUGAGCUAAGCAGACACCAGAGGACUCACACUGGAGAGAAACCUUAUAAGUGUAGCGAGUGUGGCAAAGGCUUCAGUGUCAAGUCUCUCCUCAAUACUCACUGGAGGAUGCACACAGGAGAAAAACCCUUUGGGUGCAACGAAUGUGGGAAAAUGUUCUCCAUCAAGUUUAACCUCAUCCUCCACCAAAGAACUCACACUGGUGAGAAGCCCUAUGAAUGCAGCCAGUGUGGGAAAAACUUCACCCAGAAGUCACACCUGACUAUCCACCAGCGGUCUCACACUGGAGAGAAACCUUACGAAUGCAGUGAGUGUCACAAAGCCUUCAGCCGGAAGUCCUACCUCCUGGUCCACAAGAGGAGUCACUCGGGAGAAAAGCCUUACCAAUGCCUAGAAUGUGGAAAAACCUUCUCCCACAAGCUUAGCCUCACUAUUCACCAGCAAAUCCACACAGGAGAGAAAGCCUGAGUGUGAUGUGUGCGGGAAACUCUCCCUAUUAAAUUUAGCCUUGUUUUACACCAGAAAACACAUACUGGAGAGAAGCCCCACGAAUGCAGCAAAUGUCAGAAAUCAUUUGCCCAGAAGUCCCAUCUUAUUAUCCAUCAAAGAAUUCACACAGGCGAGAAACCUUAUGGAUGCAAUGAGUGUCAGAAAAGAUACUCCCACAAGUUCAGCCUCAUUUUACAUCAGAAAACCUAUGGAGGGGAGAAAUGAAGGAAGCUGAUAUCCAAAAGUUGUCAUCGAGGGGGACACACUUUCUUUUCAAACCCACACUUACCAGAGAAUGCUGCUGGAAGAAUGCUGGACAAGGGGAAACACUUUUUUCAACAGGUUUCCACUGAGUGUGGCCCUGAGGGGGCUGACAGGAAGGGACAGCCUGGCAUGUAUCGACUGUGGGGUUGUUGGCACGAAAUGCAGCUACCUUCGCAUCACAGAAUUGACACUGAAGGAAUUCCUUCAAGGAAUCUGGGGGAUCUGGCUUUCAUGCAGUGUCACUGCUUGAAGGGCAUUUUUUUCUGUUACUGUGAAAUAAUAGAUUAUGGAAAGCAUCAGAGAUUACAGACAGUACUAAAGGUGUAAAUCCAGGGCCUCCCUGAUGGCACAGGCGGUUGAGCGCAGCAGUGUGAAGCUGUCUUCAGCCUCUGUAGUGCGGGUUCGAUCCCGGCUGGCCGUGGAGAUACCCACCUGGUGUGCAGACCUCUCCUGUCUCGCCUGCUGCUCCCCUCAGCAGUGUAUUUCAGUCAGUCUGCCUAUUCUGUUCCCCGCUCUGUCUCUGGUGAAUCCUCUCGCCCUCCUGCACAUCUGGCCUAUACCCCAGUUCUUGUAUAAAUAAAUAAAUCUUUAGGAAAAAAAUAAAGAUGGACAUCUAUACCUCUGUCGGAAGACAAAGCAAAUAUAUCAGAACGAUGUGAAAAUACUUAACUGUUUUAUACCUAUUUUUAUGAUAAUGGUUGUUCAUAUCUGGGAACUGCAUGAGCUGGCUUAGCAACUGUCACCCCCAGUCUAUGUGCUUAAUGUACAUGGAGCCUGCCCACAGGAUAUGUGCACUGAAUCUUAUGUCACUACGUGAUUGAAUAUGACACAAA